AUGAGCGACUUUCCAACUUCGUAUCAUGACCCUUCGUUUCAGGAUCCAAGGGCUCCGUAUUACUCUUUACCAGAGGGUACGAAAGGGGUACAAGAUUCUUGGAUGUCCCGGUCUGAACCUGAUCCUUCCAGCAAUCAGGAUGUUGAUCCUGACUCCCCUCACACGACCGUUGCAGGCGGUACAUCGGGCGAAGUGACAUCUUCGGGCGAUUCAGGAAAUCCAUACUCUAGUCACGAUUCAAUCCAAUCUAGAGAUCCCACUUUCGCCACUGCAAUCAACAAGACAGUAUCGGAACCAGAGCGGAACAUAGGCGCUCGUAGGCUAUAUACAUGCCCAGACUGCAAAGAGCUCAUGUGGUAUGGCAAGGAAGGGUGUGCCAAUCGAGGUCACCAAUCGUAUCAUUCCGUCGCAUUGGAAGUUGUUGCAAAGGAUCUGGUCGCGAACAGUUGGCCGCCAGGUUCGCAGGCCGAGGAAUACCAGAUCUACAACUAUGUCAAGGGCGAGAAAAGUGUAUAUGCAGACCGGAAGACCGACCGCCGAGCUCAUACGAACCGGAUCGGUGCACGGGAAAGGAUGCAGAGGAUACGGGCGAGGCAGCAGGGAGACGAUCAAGGAGAGAAAAGCAUGAACAGUAAUAAAACAUAUGCAGACGAGUCCAUUCAUCACAACGCGGAGAGAGAUCCGCUUGAUUCUACAAUCGCGUCCUCAGGUGCUGGACUCUCUCUCGAACAGGUUUACUGGUCUUUACCUGAAACCGUCACGCAUUCUACGUCAUCCCGACAAGCCUCGGUACCUCGACGAGACUACGACUCGGCUUGGUUACAACUGGAAGAUCAGCAGAUGCAAAAGGAUGUGUACAACAGAUGCGUAACGUGUGGAAGGAACAUGUGGAGGCCCUCUGACUUGACCGUCCAUGGUAUCGACGGCGGGACUUGUGUCGAUGCGACGCAUCUGCACUACCAACAGGCCUCUCUGGAUUUCCUGCCAAGGAGACUCGCGGAGGGAGGGUAUGCUGAUACACACGUCAAACCUUGGCACAUAUUUGCCUACAGUCAGGGCGAGAAUCUGACAGCCCACAAAGAAGGCGAUUACAAAAAAGCUUUUGCAAAGUGGGAAAGUAGGACUAGAUCCGAAAUGGAGAUGCGGAACUGGAAGAACAGGUUGAAGGGCUCUUGGACCAUCCAGCUGAAUCGAGAUGCAGGCCAACAUAUAAGGUCUCGACCGGAAGACCGGGACGAUGCCGAUCACCUCCUCGCGACUACCGGCAGGGUCCCGCCAGAAUGA